AAAGGAACAGCAACAUUUCAUGGUCCUACGACCCGGAGGUCAACAGGGGUUUUAAUGCGGUGUCUCCUCCAUAUCGUCCUACACCGGUUUGAUCACAUUUCUGCACCUUUUUCACCUCCAAAGUUUACCAGGACACAUUGAACAACAAUUAUUUCUGUAAUAAUGGCAGUUCCUCCAGCCUAUGCAGACUUGGGAAAAUCAGCAAAAGAUAUCUUUAAUAAAGGCUAUGGGUUCGGUCUGGUCAAGCUUGAUGUGAAGACCAAAUCUUCAAGCGGAGUGGAGUUUAAAACGUCCGGCUCAUCGAACGUGGACACCAGCAAGGUCACUGGUACUCUGGAAACCAAGUAUAAAUUGGCCGAGUACGGGUUGACCUUUACAGAGAAAUGGAGCACAGAAAACACACUGGGGACUGAAGUUUGUGUCGAGGACCAGAUCACCAAAGGGCUGAAACUUAACUUUGAUACCACGUUUUCACCUAACACUGGCAAGAAGAGUGGCAAGAUCAAGGCGGCCUAUAAAAGGGAACACGUCAACGCCGGUGUUGAUGUAGAUUUAGAUUUUGCUGGUCCUACUAUACACGCAGCAGCAGUAGGUGGUUAUGAGGGGUGGCUGGCGGGUUACCAGAUGACCUUUGACUCGGCCAAGUCUAGGAUGACCCGAAGCAACUUUGCUGUCGGUUACACGACUGGAGACUUCCAGCUCCACACCAAUGUAAACGAUGGUGCAGAGUUUGGCGGAUCCAUUUAUCAGAAAGUAAAUGACAAACUGGAGACCGCCGUGAAUCUUGCUUGGACGGCCGGCAGCAACGGCACUCGCUUCGGCAUCGGUGCAAAAUACCAGCUAGACUCCAGCGCUUCUAUAUCUGCGAAGGUGAACAACGCCAGCUUGGUUGGAAUCGGAUACACCCAGACUCUGCGGCCUGGAAUGAAACUCACCCUCUCUGCAAUGGUGGAUGGAAAAAAUAUCAACGCUGGUGGUCACAAGCUAGGUCUAGGCCUGGAGCUGGAGGCAUGAGAAUGAAAAGAAGAGGAGGAACUUGGCUCUCAAAUGCUCGAGAAUGAUCAAUAAUAGAUGUUUUAUCAAUAUAUGGCCAAAACGUUUAAAUCCAACUAAAGAUAUAGAAAUAUUUUUCCAACCCUGUCAUUGUGCUAACUCCAUGUAACCAGUUUUCAGCUUUAUGCAUUUAUUUGGUAAGAACCCUCUGUAAUGAUGAACACUAUAUGUUCACAAACGACAAUCUGAGACUUAUUCUGCUCAAAUGUGAGGAUCUAGAAAUGUUCUAAGCUGUUUAUUUGCACAAAAAUGUACCUUUAUUGAACACUUCAACCUGUUUGUUUUUCCUGUGGACAACCUCUUGGUAUGUCGGUAGUGUUGUGUUGUCAAUCAGGUUUCUCCAACAUGUCUGCUUUUAAACGAAUAAAGCUGCUCUUCCCUGAC